AGUGAGUGCGAGAACGCGGAGAGCCACCAGAAUAAUAGAAGGAAAAAUUGCAUUCGCACUGCCAAAAGACUGUCUAUCGGUCGCUCGAUCGGUCGGGUGUUGUUCUUGGGUUGGUGAAACUUACGUAAUUUUCGCGACAGGCCUGGUGCUGCGAUUGUCUGCACUACAUCGGAAUUAAAAUCAUAAAUUGGUGCCACGGUGACGUGCGAAAUUGGAAAUCAGUUCGCGGGGAGCACUGAUUCGGAGUGUGUGGAAAAUCGAUUCAUUAUAGGGUAAGGGCGAAAAGGUAAAGGUGAAUCACGAUACAGUUCCUCUAAAUCGGAAACGGCUGCGGGGAUUGUGUGGCGAGCAGUGACUGUGUGGUGAGAAAUCGAUUUUGGUGCUGUAACGAGUGUCACGUAAUAAGACGGAAAAAGCCUACUUCGAAGCGAAUUUCAUCAACUGAGGAAAAUGUUUGCAGUCUGCAAGAACGGCGGUCUGCUGGUCAGCACUGUGCAAAGGUACGGCGUCCGCUGCAUAGGCUCGGUGGUGCCCGAUGCCAAAAUCCCGGAAUACCCCCUCGUAAACGAACCCGUACUAGGCUACAAGAAAGGAUCCAAAGAGCGCAAAGAGCUCGAAGCUGCCCUCAAGAAAACCGCCUCCACCGUCGAAGAUGUCCCGAUCGUCAUCGGCGGCGAAGAGUUUCGCACCAACAACGUGCGGCACCAGGUUAUGCCGCACAACCACAGCCAGAAGAUUGCCCAGUUCUACUGGGCCGACAAGAAGCUCGUGGAGAAAGCCAUCAAGACUGCCACCGAGACGCAGGUCAAGUGGGACCGCACACCCAUCAGCGAGCGAAUCAAGAUCUGGCAGAAGGCUGCCGACCUUAUGGCUGGUCCGUACCGGGCAGAACUGAACGCCGCCACCAUGCUCGGACAGGCCAAGACUGUGAUCCAGGCGGAAAUAGACUCCGCCGCAGAGUUGAUAGAUUUUAUUAGAAUGAAUACCGUCUAUCUGAAGGAAGCCAGCAAAUACCAGCCCAUUAGUGAAAACAGCAAAGUGACAAAGAACUCGAUCAGAUUCCGUGGAAUCGACGGAUUCAUUGCUGCCGUCAGCCCGUUCAACUUUACCGCCAUCGGCGGUAAUCUAGCUUACACUCCAGCUUUGAUGGGCAACGGAGUUCUGUGGAAGCCAUCGGACACGGCUCUCCUCUCGAACUACAUCAUCUUCAAGAUCAUGCGCGAAGCCGGCGUACCACCCGGUGUGGUCAACUUCAUUCCAACCGAUGGUCCCGUCUUUGGUGACACAAUCACCGCGUCGCCCCACCUGGCGGGUAUCAAUUUCACCGGUUCAGUUCCCACCUUCAACCGGCUAUGGCGUCAGGUUGGAGAGAACAUCAACAUCUACAACAACUUCCCCCGGUUGAUUGGCGAGUGCGGUGGCAAGAACUACCACUUUGUGCAUCCUUCCGCCGAUGUGCAGUCGGUUGUGAACGGCACAAUUCGAUCUUCGUUCGAGUUCUGCGGACAAAAAUGCUCAGCCUGCUCGCGCAUGUACGUUCCCGAAUCGCUGUGGCCCAAGGUCAAGGAAGGUUUGAUAAAGGUACGCGAUACCCUGAAGAUUGGAGACGUAACGGACUUCUCCACCUUCACGUCGGCGGUGAUCGACGAUAAGGCAUACAGCCGUAUUAAGUCGUACAUCGACCACGCCAAGAGUUCGAAAAACCUGCAGAUCGUUGCCGGUGGUAAGUGUGACGACAGCAAGGGAUACUUCAUCGAACCGACGAUCGUGCAGUCGACCGACCCGACGGACAAAAUUAUGGUUGAGGAAAUUUUCGGCCCGGUGCUGAGCAUCUACGUAUACAAGGACAAAGAGCUGGAUCAAACCAUGAAACUGGUUGGCAACUCGACGAGGUUCGCCUUGACCGGAGCGGUGUUCUCCAAGGAUGAGGCAUUCCUGAAGCGGGCUUUGGAAGAAUUCAAACUGACUGCCGGUAACUUCUAUCUCAAUGAUAAAUCAACUGGAUCGGUGGUUGGACAGCAGCCGUUUGGCGGCGGUCGAAUGUCAGGAACCAACGACAAGGCCGGCGGUCCCCACUACGUCCUCCGGUGGUCAACGCCUCAAUCCAUCAAGGAAACCUUCGUCCCAUUGAACGAAGUCGACUAUCAGUAUAUGCGCGAGUAAGCACCCGUUGCCGACACGCGCUGAUGUGAUUUGAAAGAACAAACCUUUCUUCAUCAUUUAACCAUCCGUACCCUAGGUUUUGUAGUUUCGUAGUAAUUUUUUGUCUUGUCUCGAAAAGAAAGAUAAGAGAUUGAAUCCCUUCAUCUUGUACCGAAACCAAAAGCACCCUUCCUAGAAGUAUUGUUUAGUAGGUAACCCUAGAUCUUGAUAACGAAAAUAAGUCUCCGAUCACCGACAGAUAUGCGUGCUUCAGAGGCCAAGUGAUAUACGACGCUCGAAUUGAGUUUCAUCUUAUGUAACCCUUACGUACCAUUUUAAUAUUGUACUAAUACAAAACCAUUUGCCACUACCCGCUUGAUUUGCUGCUACUCCCGCAUUACAAUCCCUUGACUUCAGUUGGUUGCUUUUCUUAAGUUUUUAAACGGAACUUGUUUGUCAAAGCUUUUAUAUUGCCAUCAUUUUAAAUUCAUACAAUCGACAAUAUGAUGAAAUGGGGAGGUAAAUUCUAUACAAAUAAGAUAAUUAUUUUGAUGAUCUGAGACAGUAUCGGAAGUAUAUAACCCAUACGCUAUAAAACUCAUAAAUCUAGCUGUUGUUACUGGAAUGAAAGUAAGAUCCCAUCACCGGACAACUGUCCCCAAAAACAAAUCAACAAAAAAAAACAGUAAUUCGAUCAUUAACCGACAGAAACAUGAACUAGCUGUUUUGUUGGUAUUGCAUUAAACUAAUCACGCCACAUACCAGCGCAUACCAUUUUGAUCCACCAUGUCUAUGCAGCACGGCACAUUAGUCACGGCUUAAAAUUCAACACAAGUACACACAAAAAAGACUCACGCAUCUGAUGAGAACGAUCGAAAUUUAACUAACCAUGUGCUGAUAUCGAUGCGAAAAAUAAUAAUGUUAUAGUGAACAGAGGUAACUACCGUGUAGUGGACACGGCUAUGGUUCCCGGGGAAAUGUCCUCUAUCCAAGCGCUAAUAGACGAUGGAUGUUUGCGAGAUAAACCUAAGAAAGCAUCAAUGGGGUCAAUCUAUGAUCAAUACCUAGCGUGUAAGCAGAAUGGAAAAUCGAGUUAAUAAAUGUUUCAAAACUAAA